AUGGGUAGGGUGUCGGAUUAUGUGUCCCGGAAGUCGGGUUCGUUUCCCAGCUUCAUGGCCCGAAAAAGCGAAGCCUAUCUACCAGUAUCCACGAAACCACAGCCUAAGUUCAGAGUCAAAGCUCUACUCGGCCACUGUCUCUAUCGGAGAGUAGUUAUAUGGACUUUCCUUACCAUCGGCUUCUUGACCUAUGUCUUCUUCAAUCCUGGCCUAACUGAAAGAUCGCGGGAUGUACUUGAUCUUCCAGAGGAGGAAAAUCAGGAGGAAACGGAAGAUAAUGCCAACAGUCCUCACUGGCUUAAGUACAAGCAUCUGGAUGGCUAUUAUAAUGGCCUAAGGUCACUUGUAUCGUUCUCAGACUACAAGCCGGAGUACCCUGAAGUAUCGUCUACUGGCAAGGGUUCUAGUCCUUCACCAACUGUCCACCAUUCUAAACCGCCCAAGCCUAGUGUAUAUCGUCCUCAUCCUGACUAUGAUUCCGACGAGUAUCAGAAGACUUAUGUUCCUGUGAAACGCUGCUACAUUGAUGAGGAUGACAAGAUUCCCGCUCCGGAUCUGUAUGCGUACAGCGGUGUCCCUCAAGGUCAACCUAAGCCAGCGAUAGGAUCUUACGAUCUUUUAGGCUUACGAGAGGAUGUCUGCUUCGAUCGUUUUGGUCGAUAUGGACCGUAUGGUCUUGGUUAUGACUUAAAGUCUGGUGGAACAGGCGAAGCUCUUGAUACCGAGCACGAAGGUAACGAGGUUAUUUGGGAGAAGACUGGGAAGAUCAACUAUGAAAAUAUUGAUUGGGCCUCAGCUCAAGAACGUUGUUACGCGGCGAAUGAAGACCGCUUCUUCACUGGUAACGAAACUAGAGAUUUCGAACUAGCACAAGCUGGUCGCAAGAGACUGGAUCGCAUCGCUAUUGUCGUGCGAACUUACGUCGGCUUUCAGUGGACAAGUCAUGCUCUGCUCAAUUUCCGUGCCAUGAUCAAUGAACUCAGCCUGAGGUCUGGUGGCGAGUAUGACGUUCAUUUUCUCUUACAUGUUCGUGACAACAAUGCACCCAUUUGGGCGGAUCCUGCCACGGUCCAGAAUAUUCUCGAUGUCAAUGUUCCUCCCGAGUUCCAUGGGCUAUGUACUCUCUGGUCCGAGGCUCAGAUGAAGUUGUACUAUCCCGGUAACUUCGGCGAUACCUUCGAAAACCCGUCCAAUGGUGAUAUUCAUGGAGUUUACCGAUCUGCGCACAUGCCGCUCCAGCAUUUUGCGAUGAUGCAUCCUGAAUAUGCACAUUUCUGGAACUGGGAGAUGGAUAUGCGCUGGACUGGGUCGUACUACGAAUUAUUCGACAGGCUUGGCAAGUGGGGCGCUGCGCAGAGCCGAGAAGGCAUGUGGGAACGAGCAAGCAAGUAUUAUAUCCCUGGACUUCACGGUAGCUGGGAAAAUUUCACGGAGCUCGUCCGCCAUGAAACUAAGCAGUCUGGGAAACGGCCGAUCCUAGGGCCAGUAGUAUUCACUGGCAAAUCCGGCCUCCAACAAGGAGAUAUCUUCUUGCCGUCAGGCUGUUCGAGUGGAUCGGAUAUGUCGAAAUGCGGCGUCGGGGAGGAUGCGGACCUAAUCACACUCAACCCGCUAUUUGAUGUUGAGGACUCUGGUUGGGUUUUUGCCGGCGACGUUACUGGUUACGACAUGCAGUAUGAGAAGCCGCCCCGAAGGUGUGCCAUUGUAACUGCUUCUCGAUUAUCGCGUCGUCUGUUAAGAGUAAUGCAUGAGGAAACAUGGCGUCUGCACCAUAGUAUGUUCAGCGAGAUGUUCCCGCCUUCUAUGGCAUUACACCAUGGUCUCAAGGCCGUGUACGCCCCUCACCCGGUCUAUUUGGAUCGGAAUUGGCCUCAAGAGGAGAUUGAAAAGGCUUUCAAUGGUGGUCGGGACCACACUUCAGGCGGCCAUGGUUCUCCGUUCGACUUGGUAAAUGAGCAUAACCACAAGGGGACGAGCUGGUACUACAAUAGUGAAUUCGCCGGUUUGUUAUGGCGUCGCUGGCUUGGUUAUGCUCAGAUGGAUGGCAGAGGUAACAAUGGUGGACGCGCUGGCGAAGGUACGAAGAGGGGCGGACAGAAGGAGGAAGAGAACCCGAAGAGCUCGGGCCGGCUAUGUCUACGGAGCAUGCUCGUACAUCCCAUUAAGUGGGAAAACCCUGCCGAGCAGGGGUAA